AUGGGAUCAGAAGAACACGCCGAUGUGCCUCCUCCUGUGGAGGGGGAGAAGAAGAAAAAGAGUAAGAAGAAGAAACACAAGAGAGGUUCCGUGACGGGCCAAUCACCCGCGGAACGAAAGGCGUAUGGAAAGCAAAAGGAUCUCAUGCCCCAAUUCUCGGCCAUGCCCGAGUUUACAAACUACAAGGACUAUGCGAAUGAUGAUGACUCUAUACUCUCAGCAGGGUCACGUUACGAAACCAAAGAAGAUCAGGAUGUCGCCGUUUUCAUGGCGUUGGCAGGCAGAAUGAAUAUUGAUUCCCUCUUGUUCAUUCUCAAUGGACAUGCGCGAGAAAUGAACCUGCCUUCCUCGGAGUACCUACUCCCUCAAAAUAAGGAAAAGGCCAAGGUGCUGGCCAGCAAGAAAAAGAAGGAAUUCUGCUGGAAAGAAGACGAAGAUGGCAACGUCGCCUUGGAAAUCUUUGAGAUUGAACCCAUGAAGGGCGCCGAUAUGUGGUUCGACGAUGACUUUUCACAAAAGAUCCUCAUGGGCGCCAUUCGGGAUGUCCGUUACUACCAGGCCAACAAGCCGGAUUACAUCAACUCGGUCGAGACCCUCGCCACCCAGCCCGACAGCGCUGCCACGGAAGGACACAUGAAGACCCUCAUCAAUGAUAAGCACGCUCGUGGAUUGGAAGUCCACAUUUGCUCCUACAUUGAAGAAGUCCGUCGGGAAUUCAUCAAUGCCAUCUUGGACGAACAAGACGACUGCGAAGAUGCGGGAGAGAACUACGAUAACACGGCCGAUCGUUUGCGCAAGGCUGGAUUGCAGUUCACCGUCCAAGCGCAAGAAUUUGCCUACAAGUUGGCCAAGUGCGAUCAUAUCGUCGCCCUCAAGGCGUCCCUCUCCAAAUGGGACAAACCCAAGACCAGCAAGAAGAAGCCCGGACAAAAAAUUGAACGAAGCAGCAGUGGUAGCCGAAAGAAGGCCGCCAGUGAAGUAGUUUCAGCCGCCUAA